AUGCCAAUCAAGUUCGUAUUAGCUACCACCUCGUUGGGAUUAAUACUGACGACGGGAUCCACGUCAAAGGUUCGGAUCCGUGUGCAUACGAGAUCCACAACCGUAUGCGCCAGCCAUGAACAAACUAUCGGCGUCGUCGGAUGGGAUCAAGACGGGUGCGUCAAGUCUGGCAACGUUUGUGUCGCUAACGUCAGUGCCGGUGACUGCCCCGAAGGAGCAUACUGCACCUUACUCGACACCGGGGUGUACGGUUGCCAGGCCGGAUCUCCCGAAGAAGUUUCGUAUACUGAUGGAAAAGCAUGUGCAGACAAUGAACAAACAAUUGGCGUUGUUGGGUGGAACCACGACGGUUGCAUUGCAUCCAACCAUGUCUGUGUAGCUCAAGUGAGCGACGGGCAAUGUCCAAGUGGCUCGCAUUGCUCAUUGCUCGAUACGGGUGUGUAUGGCUGUGUUGCGAAUGCCAAUACUCAUUACCGUAAACAAAAAAAAGAGAGCCAGAAGAUUACUUGUCCGAAUGGACAGGAGAGUAUUGGUGUAGUCGGCUGGCAAACAGACGGAUGCGUCGCGUCUGGUGCCGUUUGUGUUAAAAACACGGACGGCGCUUGCCCAUCCGGAGCUCACUGCGAAUGGCUUGAAACGGGUGUAUAUGGGUGCAAGGAUGGCGCAGAAGAGUCGACUCCUUGGGAAGGUUGCUCUAGCACUGAACAGACCAUUGGCGUCGUAGGGUGGGACCACGACGGUUGCAUCAAGUCGUCCAACGUCUGUGUGGCUCAAGUAAGCAACGGUGACUGUCCAAGCGGCUCGUACUGUUCGCUACUGGAUACAGGUGUGUAUGGCUGCAUUGCAAGUUCUAAGAAGCUAUAG